CUCAGCUGCCAACACUCACACACCGCCUGCUGCCGCCGCCGUGCUGCUCCCGGACUCCGGGCAAGAGGGGAAGGGAAGGCAGAGGAGCAGGGGCAGGGGAAGUCGGAGCGGAGGGAGCGGGAGAAGGAGCCUCCUCCCCGUAGCCAGAGGACUUCCAUAUAGUGGGGGACAGCGGGAGAAGGCUGGCGCUCGGGAACUGUGCGAGCAGCUCUCCGAGCAAGUUACUUAAUCCCUCAAGAGCAGCGGGAGGAGGGGACGGCACCGAGCCCUGUUGCCGAUCAUAGUCACUAUUCCCAGACCCUCAUCGCUUGACCGCGGGCAGUUCAAUGCACUAUUCCAAGCUCUUUCUAGUUUUCUCCUCGGGCUAACUUCGGAGGACGCGGCGCCGCUGUCGCCCGGAGGUGAGGCGGAGAGCCUCGGAAGAAGGAAGGAGAAGUUUUGCGGGGGCUGCGAGCGGAGGAGCAGAAGAUGGGCUGGAAACGCCGCUGCUGCUGGGGAGGCGGAGGCGGCGGGGACCUUCUCUGCCGGCUAACCCUGGUGCUGGGGUUCCUGCUGCCCGCCUGCAGGACGCGCCUCUACACCAACCACUGGGCUGUGCGGAUAGCCGGGGGGCUGCCGGAGGCCAACCGGAUAGCUAGCAAAUACGGAUACGUCAAUAUAGGACAGAUUGGAACGCUGAAGGAUUACUACCACUUUUACCAUAGUAAAACAAUUAAAAGGUCAGUUCUCUCAAGUAGAGGUACCCACAGCUUCAUUUCAAUGGAACCAAAGGUGGAGUGGAUACAACAGCAGGUGGUUAAAAGAAGGAUAAAGAGGGAUUAUAAACCUGGAGGUACCCAAUCCACUUAUUUCAAUGAUCCCAAGUGGCCAAGCAUGUGGUACAUGCACUGCAGUGAUAACACUCACCAUUGCCAAUCAGAUAUGAAUAUAGUAGGUGCUUGGAAGAGAGGUUACACUGGAAAGAAUGUUGUGGUGACCAUCUUGGAUGACGGCAUUGAAAGAAACCAUCCAGACUUGAUGCAAAAUUAUGAUUCGCAGGCCAGUUUUGAUGUCAAUGGAAAUGAUUUUGACCCUAUGCCUCGAUACGAUGCCAGCAACGAGAACAAGCAUGGAACCCGUUGUGCUGGAGAAGUGGCAGCCACUGCAAACAACUCACACUGCACAGUGGGAAUCGCCUUUAAUGCCAAGAUUGGAGGAGUACGGAUGCUGGAUGGAGAUGUCACAGACAUGGUAGAAGCAAAGUCUCUGAGCCUCAAUCCCCAGCACAUCCACAUUUACAGUGCUAGCUGGGGGCCUGAUGAUGACGGCAAAACUGUUGAUGGACCUGCUUCUCUAGCACGUCAGGCCUUUGAGAACGGCAUCCGAAUGGGACGAAGAGGCUUAGGGUCAGUCUUUGUUUGGGCAUCUGGAAAUGGUGGAAGGAGUCGAGACCACUGCUCCUGUGAUGGCUACACCAAUAGCAUCUACACUAUCUCCAUCAGCAGCACAGCAGAAAGCGGGAAGAAGCCAUGGUACCUGGAAGAAUGUGCUUCCACGCUAGCAACAACAUACAGCAGUGGAGAAUCCUACGACAGGAAAAUAAUUACCACAGACCUGAGGCAGCGUUGCACAGACAGCCAUACUGGAACCUCAGCCUCUGCACCAAUGGCUGCAGGCAUCAUUGCACUGGCACUGGAAGCAAACCCAUUUCUGACAUGGAGAGACAUACAGCACAUUAUUGUCAGGACUUCUCGUGCUGGACAUCUGAAUGCUAAUGACUGGAAAACCAAUGCAGCUGGUUAUAAGGUGAGCCACCUCUAUGGAUUUGGACUGAUGGAUGCUGAAGCAAUGGUGAUAGAGGCAGAAAAGUGGACAACAGUCCCUCCACAGCAUGUGUGUGUGGAGAACACGGAUCGGCAAAUCAAAACAAUAAGACCUGACAGUGUCGUCCGCUCAAUUUACAAAGCUACGGGCUGCUCUGAUAAUCCUAAUCACCACGUGAUCUACUUGGAGCAUGUUGUUGUUCGCAUCACUAUUACUCACCCUCGACGUGGAGACUUGGCAAUUUACCUAACCUCUCCUUCUGGAACCAGAUCACAGCUCUUGGCCAACAGACUAUUUGAUCAUUCCAUGGAAGGAUUCAAAAACUGGGAGUUUAUGACCACUCACUGCUGGAGUGAAAAAGCAGCAGGUGACUGGAUCUUGGAAAUCUGUGACACUCCAUCUCAGCUGAGAAAUUUCAAGACUCCAGGCAAAUUGAAAGAGUGGUCCUUGGUACUGUAUGGAACAUCCAUCCAGCCAUACUCACCAAGAAAUGAUUUUCCAAAAGUGGAAAGGGUACGCUCCAGUCCAGUUGAAGAUCCUACAGAAGAUUAUGGAACAGAUGAUUAUUCAGGUCCGUGCAAUGCAGAAUGCAGUAAAGUAGGGUGUGAUGGGCCAGGACCAGAUCAUUGUACUGACUGUCUUCACUACUACUACAAAUCCAAGAACAACACAAGGAUCUGUGUUUCGACCUGCCCACCUGGUCACUACAAUGCAGACAAGAAACGCUGUAAAAAAUGCUCACCCAAUUGUGAAACCUGUGUUGGAGGCCAUAGUGACCAGUGCAUGACCUGUAAAUCUGACUACUACCUGAAUGAAGUAAUCAAUAGCUGUAUUACCACCUGUCCUGAUGGGUUUUACCUGGAUAAGAAUAAGAUUGUUUGCCGAAAAUGUAGUGAAAACUGUAAGACAUGUGUUGAAUUCCAAACCUGCACAGAAUGCAAACAUGGGCUAAGUUUGCAUGGCACAAAAUGUGCUGUCCGCUGUGAAGAUGGAAAAUACCAUAAUGGCAGGGAAUGUGAACCAUGUCACCGUUCAUGUGCAACAUGUGCAGGUGGUGGAGUAGAUGCAUGUAUAAACUGCACACAGGGCUAUUUUAUGGAAGAUGGAAGGUGUGUGCAAUCCUGCAGCACUGGUUACUAUCUUGAUCACUCUACUGAAAGUGGAUACAAAAGCUGCAAAAGGUGUGAUGCCAGCUGUUUGGAUUGCAGUGGUCAAGGAGACAGAAACUGUACUAUCUGCCCAAGUGGCUAUAACCUAGACUCUGGUGUCUGCGUAGUGGGAACAGUCUGCAAGGAUGCCACGGAAGAGUCCUGGGCCGAGGGAGGAUUCUGUAUGCUGGUGAAAAAGAACAAUCUCUGCCAGCGGAAAGUGCUCCAGCAACUGUGUUGCAGAACAUGUACGCACAAGGGGUGAACUCACACCUCGCAGAGUCCUCCUGCUCCUGUAAACUUAUAGAUUAACAUGUAUUAUUGAAAAAGGAAAAAAACAAACAUACAAACAAACAAACAAAAAAGCCACCUCUUUCUCUCUCCCCCCCGUUUGUCUGGGGAGAUGGUGAACUGCUGGUUGGAACUUAAAUGGAAAACCUACAACACGCCUACCUUUCAUAACUGGGUGUUUAGAGCUGAACAUCCAGGAUCACAGAGUCAGUAUUGUGUGACCAAAGCAUAUGAUGCCAAAAUUAACCUUUAACUCAUGAUUUGACUUCCUGUCAACUUUAGGAUUAUUUCUGGUUUUUUUGAAGGUCUUUAUCCUUCCCUUUUUUUCCUGUUUGUUUCCCCUUCAGGAUGUUUAAGGAGUGUUUCAAGAAUACACACACGUUUACAUGGAUUAAAACUAAACAAUACAAAAAAGUUCGCAUUAAGUCUUUUUUGUGAAUUGACAGGGGGAAAUUCAGGAAAGGAGUCCCCGGGGGAAUCAGAAACAUUGUCGUCUGCAGGACUAAGUUCUGUCCCUUUUGUACCAGUAUUUAAAAAGGAAAAAAAAAAAAAAGAUCAUUUCUGCACACAAUUCUUUCCUACUUACUCUGCUGUGUGCUGUUUUUUUGUAUCACAUGCAGUGUGUAUAUAUGUUUUGCCCAAAGUGUUUUUUGGCUUUUUUUUUUUUUUUUUUUUGGUCAUAUAGAUCUCAAUUUUAGACAGCUAGCCUAUUAACAGAUACGCUAGGAUUUUUAUUUUAUUUUUUUAAAUUGUAAAAGCUAUUUCAAAUAAACUUUAAAAAAAUAAUUAAAAAAAAAUAAAAUUUUAAAAAAAAAAAAAAAAAGAAUUGUUCCUGUUGUGAACAAGUUCAGAAGAUUCUACUCUUGGUUUGCAUAAGCAAGAGUAAUGUAUACGUGGAAAUCGAAAAGUUGCUAACAUGUAAGGAGUAUUCAUAAAUUAUUGUUGUCUUGUAAUGUUCACCAAAAAGGGGAUAUUAUCAUGCAAGUAUGUGGGGAUAUUUUAUAGUGCCCAUACAGAAAUGCCAGUGUGACUGUAUGUGACAGAAUGUGUUUACAGGACUGGAUUUAUAAUUGAGCUUGUAACACUGUGCCAAAUACAUCUCCAGGAGUAUUAACAUAUAGGGCAAUAAAUCAACUGUUUUCUUGAUGUAACAAUCUUGUCUUAAUGGGCCUGAAUCCGCUUUUAACUGCUCCUAAUACAAAUUUCAUCAGGAACAAUACUGCUGAGGCCUAUGAAGUUACCUCACUGUAAAACCAUCCUGGAGUGGUGAGAGAGGCAGGUCUCUGUCUUGUCUCUGUACCCAGGUACACAAUUGUUCAAUCUAUACUCAUCAGUUUCACCUAGCAUGCUGUUUGCAAGCCAUUUGUUUUAGCAGAAGACAGUAAGCUGAGCUUCAAAGAUACUGUUUUGUGGGAAGAAUACUUAAAACGUGCAAAGUCUCACCGUUAUUUCUCCAGGACACACAAGUAGAAAAUGCAUUGCAGGUGUUUAAGCAUGUAAAUGUCAGAAAAUAAAAAGAACCUCCUUUUUAAAUACUAAAAUUAUUGUGGAACUUCUACAGAUGAAUUAAUAAUAAUAUUAAUAAUUAAUUAUACAAAUGGAUUGAUAAACCUAUGCCCACUUUGCCAGAGAGCAGAUAAACUAUUACAACCCAUGCCUGGUUCUGUAUGACGAGGCCUUUGAAGCUCCUUUGGUGCCCAUUAUAGAUUUCUUGCUAAACAUGAAAAGUUAUGAGAAUUUAAUUUGUGCUAGUUAAACUACUAGUCUGUUACUGCCUCGUUUCUCGAUAUAACAAUUUUAACUAGAACAUAAUGCUUUCAAAUUUUAAGUUAAUAUUAUAUAUAUAUUAUAUAUAAAUAUAUAUUCAUAAUUGAGAUUUAAUUAUGUAAUAGAUUGUAAAGAGUUUGUUUGGGUACUUACAAAUGCCUCUAACACUAUUAUAGAGAAAAACUUGAUAUCUUCAUUUUCUUUAAAACAAAAAAAAAAACAAAAAAAAAACAAACAAAAAAAACUUGACACAUUGUUAAUCCAAAUUCAUUUUUACUGAAAAAAAUACUGUACAUGUGUAAAAUGUUCAGUUGUUAUUUGUAAAAUAGGGUAGUUCUGUUGUAAUUGAUAUUGGCCAAAAUCAGUGUUAUUCCAUAUUUUAUUUUUUCUAUUAAAUUAACCUAAAUUCUUGUUCCUUUGGGUCUGGAAAAACAUGUUGAUAAUCUAUAUGUAAAAUAUCUCUGUUGAAGGGCACAGGUAGCUCUAUGGUAUAGAUACUACAUGCAAGUCUUUGAAACAAGGAAGGUUAGAGAUGUUUAACUCAUUUUAUUUUAUUUUGUUUUGUUGGUGGGUUUAAGUGAUGGAGUUGAUGUAAGCAGCAGUGGUUUCUGUGGAGGACACCUUUUGUGUGCUAGCAGUACAGCCACGUCCGUGCCCUGGUGAGCAACGGUGCUGGCUUUCUGCCACCCAUGAGAGUUUUUCUCUUGCAAACUUAAUGAAAAAUUGCAUGCAUAAAAUACAUUUUGACUGAGACAGAUAAAGAGUGGGGUGGUGUUAUUUCAGUCAUUCCUGGGCAUUUGCACAAAGCAGAACUGUUGCCCAUUCAUGUGCUGGUGCUCAUAUUCAGUACACCUCAGGUCACAAUGCUGGACAGCCACUUAAAAACAGAAGGCUGCUUCUCAUUCCUAUUAAAUGGAGAGGACCACAUAUGCACUCAGCUGUGGUGCCUGCAGGAUCAGAGCUUCCACUGGCAUUAGUCAAUGCUUUCAUUCAUUUCCCAUUUAGUCCCACAGCCAGAAUGGCAGCCAGAGUGCCAACUUAUUCACACAACUUGUAUAUUCAGAUGAAGUUUAAAGCACGUUCACUGAAGCUGUGUAAAAAAGUUCCUGGAAGGAAAAAAAAUAAAAAACAAACAAACAAACCACUUUUCAGCCAUUGGCUUUCAGCCUCAAAUGUUUCAUAGCCACCAACAUCAGUCCCCAGUUUUCCUCUCAGUUCUUGGAGCAAGUGUACAGAGGACAGCACAUGCUUAGCAGUAGUUACAUUAAGCCACACCAGUGGAAAAAGUUUGGCCUAAUCCUUACACCAAUACUCUACAAACAACUGCUUCUUUCAGGUCCCACCCCACCAUCAUAUUUUAACUGGCUUGAGAAAUUCUAUUAUACUGACAUCUAUGGUUUCAUCUGUGAUUUCCCUAGCUGGAGGAUAAUAAUUUCAUUACAGCUCCAGCACUAGUUUGCCCUACAGGGUGUAUUAGUAAAUGUUUGGCUAUGGAGCCUAAUGGAGAAGCAAGCCUGCAAUGGAGUUUUAGAAUGAAAACCAGGAUUUCCUGCUGUCUGCUGUCAGGCUCUUUGAAGAUUGUUGCUUGUUGAUGCCUUGACAGCAGUGGGUAGAUAAAAGCAGAAUUAGCAGACAGCACUGUAGUUACUCCUUGUAUCAGCAGUGGGAUUGCAACUGAAGGAUGCUCCCACUAUUUCCAUUUCCUUCUCCCUUUCUGACAAAGCCUUCCCUUUCUUCCUGUAUGGAAGGACUCUGGCUGAUGUCAGCCCAAAUCCCCAAAUCUGUUCAUCAAUUACUGCCUUGCCUUGCUUGUAAGGAGAAAAAAAAAAAAAAAAAAAAAAACAACAAAUAAAACGAAGAAGAAGUAGAAGAAAUAAAGUAAUUUUCCAGACGCUCUUAGUUAAGGCAUAUCACUUCCAUGGUAAACUAUCUGCCAGUUCGUAUCUGUCUAGGAGAAUCCUUAUGCAGUCAGUGAUUUAAAUGCAAACUUAACAGCCAGUUAGACUGCUUGCCUACCAAAAGUCUUUAAGACUGUGACAGUGUGGACCAUAGAAAAUUUAAUACUCCAAUUAACACUAUUUGUAACCAGAAAGAAGGUCAGUGUUCCCAGACAAGAAGAUCAUCUGCAGACACCUGUUGUGUGAAUACAGAGUUUCUGUAAAUGGAGGAUGCAUUUCUGUAAUCAGGCCAUAUUGCUUUUUUACCUGCUGCUAUCCACCUCAGCCAUACCACAAUGUGGAGUAUGGCUGACAUCAGCAAACUAGAGACACACCAAAUUGUGUCAGUGGAAACCAUUGGGAGCUGCACACACUGGUACAUCCUGUCUUUUUCUGCGAGGCUUUGCAGCUCCCUCCAUGCAGCAAACACAGUUUUCUAAUAAACUGUUCCCUAUGAGACCUGAAAGAUUACCUCAGUUCCUAUUUGGACUGUAAGUUUCCAAUGUCCUGAGAAAUUCUGAGCAACAUCUGAUAUUGAAUAUGUAGUACAGUAUCAAGGCUGCUGCUUGUUCCACAUUGUGAAGUAAUGAGAGUUACAACACUAUGAGCCUUUGAGUAAAUGUAUAUAAAGAGAUACUGUAGCUGACUAGCAACUGAAUAGAUCUUGCAAUGUGAUGAGCAAGUCAAUCCUUUUAGCAGCCGCACCACAAACAAACUGAACAUUACCCGUAUUAGUGUCCGCUUUAGGUAACAAUGUGCUACCUUUGAAGACUUCUUUUUAAUGAACUGAAUGACUGUAACAAGACCUGUUAUAAAUUCGAGAUUCCUGUAAAGACAUUUAAGUGACAGCUUGUAUGACUCGAUGUUUUCAAUCUGUAGUGCAAUUCACAAAACAGUAAAUUGUCUUUGAUCCAUU